AAGAUAAAUCUGUACAUUUUUGUCAUUCGUUUUGAUAUUCGAUCGUGAGCAUUUCGCUGAAGUUACGUCAGUCAACAUAUAUUGAUAUCGUGUUUGUGUCGUAAAUGAUGUGAAAAAAUCGUAUGCUGGAUGCUCCAAAUCCAACGCCAGAUAAUCGAAUCUCUCAUCUUCGUCCUACACGUAUAAACAUCGUCGAAAUACUAUUCACCAGCCUCGAUUCACUCACUUCCAUCAAACAGAAGGCAGCGUUUGACUUGUCUGCUUCCACAACUUUAAAAUAUAAAUUGAACAAGCGCACACCUCUACAGUGUAAUAAGUACGGUAUGGCACUCGAUGAACUAGUGAAGACUGGAAAUACGACUCUCGACGAAAAAAUCAACGAAUGGCUGGCCUGGAAUAGGGACUCUGAAGCUGACAAAGAAGUGAGAAAACUUGCAAAGGAUGGAGAAAUCAAAAAAUUGUCCAAUCUCUUUCUCAAAAGAAUGGAGUUUGGUACAGCAGGCCUUAGAGGUAAAAUGGGGCCUGGCUACAAUCAAAUGAACGAUUUGGUCAUCGUUCAAACGGGUCAAGGUCUUCUAGAAUACCUGUGCAACAGUUUAUUUGAUCUGGAAAAUAAAGGAGUCAUAAUCGGAUACGAUGGCAGAUACAAUAGCAAAAGGUACGCAGAACUAACGGCAGCAAUUUUCAUAAACCGAGGUAUUCGCGUUUACAUGUACUCCAAAGUAUGUCCAACACCGUUUGUGCCAUUUGGAGUAUCCAAGUACAAGUGUGCAGCUGGUAUCAUGAUAACAGCUUCGCACAAUCCCAAAGAAGACAACGGCUACAAAGUUUAUUGGGAAAAUGGAGCUCAAAUAAUUUCGCCAUACGACAAGGGAAUACAAAACUGUAUUCUGAAAAAUUUGGAGCCUCGGGACAGCUCUUGGAAACUAGAAAAUGUUUACAAUAGCCCGCUCUACCGGGAUCCUCUAGAAGACGUCAUGAAAUCAUACUUUCCAAUAAUCAAGGAUAAUACUUUGUAUCCUGAAGUCAACCAAAAUACAAUUCUCAAAUUCACCUACACUGCUAUGCAUGGUGUCGGGUACAAUUAUAUGGUUGCUGCAUUCGAUAACUCCAAUUUCAAGCCUUUCAUUGUCGUGGAGGAACAGAAAGAACCGGAUCCCGAAUUUCCUACAGUCAAAUUUCCAAACCCCGAAGAAGGCAAAAGUGCUCUCGAUUUGAGUAUCAAAACUGCAGAAACCAAUGGGUCAACAAUAAUACUCGCAAAUGAUCCUGAUGCAGAUCGACUCGCGUGUGCCGUCAAAACUUCCAAGGACGAGUGGCACGUUUUAACUGGGAAUGAACUCGGGGCAUUAUUGGGUUGGUGGAUGUUGCAUACGCACCGCGUACGAUGUCCCGAUGCUGAUUUAGCAGACUCUUACAUGUUGGCUUCGACAGUUUCGAGUAAAAUACUUGCAUCCAUGGCUAAAAAGGAAGACUUUCAAUUUGAGGAAACUUUGACUGGAUUCAAAUGGUUGGGGAACAGAAUCGUCGAGCUAAUGAAAAAUGGUAAAAACGUGUUGUUCGCGUUCGAAGAAGCGAUUGGUUUCAUGUGUGGGCCCAAGGUACUCGAUAAGGAUGGCAUAAGUGCGGGUGUUAGGGUCGCAGAAAUGGCUGCUUAUCUGGAAACUAUGGGGCUCACGCUUAUCGACAAACUGGAAGAAAUAUAUAACGAUUAUGGACGUCACAUAAACGAAAACUCAUACUGGAUAUGUCACGAGCCCGAAACGAUUAAGGCCAUCUUCGAGAGAUUGAGAAAUUUUGAGGGAGUUCCAAACACGUAUCCAAAGAGCAUCGUUGGAGGAAAAUAUGUGAUAAACGGAGUGAGGGAUUUGACGAGCGGUUACGACAAUACGAAACCCGGAAACAAAGCUGUACUACCAAUAUCGAAAACCAGUCAGAUGAUCACGUUUAGUUUCUCAAAUGGUUUAGUAACAACACUGAGAACAAGCGGUACCGAGCCUAAAAUAAAAUAUUAUAGCGAGUUAUGCGGAACGCCUGAACAACAAGAUUUGCAGAAACUAAAGGACGUUUUGAAGGAAAUGAUAACAGCGAUCGUCAACGAAUUUCUUGAGCCUGAAAAGAACUCUUUAAUUCCUCGAAGUCCAUGAAUAUAAGGUUAAAAAAGUGAACCGAUUAAAAAUUCGUUUUUUAAAUGAAUGUACUUUUUAAUUAUGUGUAAGUGGCAUGUAAAGUACUUUGCACUUUUGUAUUGCUACAAGCAAGACUCGUAUUUAUCUCGGUAAUUAAUAUAAUAUGCGAAAUAAAAAAUCAAUAUGAAUGAAAA